AUGGGAGCACCCAGCCGAUCUCCACGUUCUAGCAGCUCCAACGUUAGCACGAAGGCUGGGAGAAGUGGCAAGACCAGAUCGUCCUCCCCUAGAUAUGCCACGGGCAGGCGGGGCUCUCUGAAAAACUCCCCGUCAAAGACAAAGACACGGUCGAAAUCAGUGGAGAGUAGAUCUCCAAGAUCACCGCAAAAAGUUAAGAGCAAAGAACGCCGCCCGACGUCGGGAACACGCAAAUCGCGGAGUGCUGAGAGAGACCAGAUGCCCUCCUCCUCCCGUGACGGUACUCCCAGGGCUGGUGGGAGCACCACGAGGGUACAGCAUGCAGAACGCAAGGCUAAGGACGCCGCCAAACAGGUGGCGACCGGGAGUGCCUCCAAGGAUAAAACUGACACCACCCCUCGUGGAGGCCGGCGCCGGCAGAGCAAGUUUCCGCGUACCAGCUCCGCGGGCAAAAUCACCAAGGCGCGGCGUCGUACCUCCCAGUCUCCUUCCGGUGCCAAGAUAGAAGAAAUGCUGAUCAGUCCCAGCGGGUCCUCAACUAGCUCAAGGAGGAAGAAAACUCCUCCGAAGAGGUCUUCAAACCUACGCAAGCGUCUUAGCGUGAUCGCGGAGGACAGUACUAGCGCAACGACGGGUGAGGCUCUGACAGACUGUCUUGAGGCGCAAGACGUUUCGCUACGGAGUUCCCUGCGAGAGAACGGCUUCGCCUUGAAGCAGCUUCUGAAGAAAAGCGACGCCAUUGCGCCAGAGCGAGGAGGGAACGUCUACCUCGCGCACGCGGCGAACCUCCAACCUCCGCGAGACGUUGUCUUAAAGAUUCUCCGUCGCGACUUCGCUCCACGGACAAGACGCCAGUUCUUCCUUCCACAAGAGUACUACAUCUGCCGGGACCUCUGUAACAGUAAGAAGGCGGCGCACCCGAAUAUUGUGGAGUUCCACACGCCGUUGCUUCUCCUGGGAAGCCGGGUGUGUUUCCCGAUGGAGCGCUGUUCAGGGGGAGACUUGCUACAAAUGCUCUACCGAGAGAAGAAACUACCGGAAACGGCGCUGAGAGGAUUCUUCUCCCAGGCCCUGGACGCCGUGCAGUUCCUCCACUCCAAGGAAAUCGCGCACCUGGACCUGAAGUGCGAACACUUCCUCCUGGACGGCGGCGGAAGCGGAAACGUGCGCGUGCGAAUCUGCGGGUUCGGCUGGGCCACGAAAUUCGACCCGGGGAGACUCGAAGAGGACAUCUACUGCCAAACUGUCGGUUACACUCCUCCCGAAGUCGUGAGGCGACACCCCUACGAUCCUACCAAAGCAGACGUCUUCGCGCUAGGCGCUACGCUCUACAUCCUCUGUACAGGGAAGUUCCCUAACCCCAGACUUUUAGAACUGAUGGGGAAAGGUUCUCCCAACUUCCCCAGGACACCGGAAGUUUCCGCGCAGCUGAAGGAGCUGGUUCGCGCCAUGAUGGACGCGGAUUGGUCCAGAAGGCUCGAACUAAAGGAGGUGAAGCGGUCGGCGUGGAUGAAGAGAAAGUAG